CUACUUCGACUUUUCUCAGUUCUCUUUGCAGAUCUUGUACUAAGUGAACACAUUCUUGAUUGCGUCUCGAAUUUCCCAUAUUUGUUUUGCAAAAUCUCUUUAUUAGUUAUAUACUGUCUGCUCUUAUGUGUUCUGGCUGCUUGUUGCUGUCCCUGUAUAUGACUGCUAGCUGCUGAUGAAUCUGUGUAUACUAAUUACUAUUACCUCUCCGCAUCACUAUCAGGUUUGCGAUGGCAAGACAGGGCAACAAAGAGAUCUUCUUGGGUGGAUUAAGGAAACUCUUUGAGGAACAAUGGCAAGUAGAUGUACUCCUCAAGGCAGGAAACAGUGAUGAGUGUGCAUCUAUCUCCGCCCACAAACUUGUUCUGGCAUCAAGGUCAAUGGUGUUGAAGAAGAUGAUGGAAUCAGACGAGUUGAAGUCUUCACCUAAGCUGGAGACAGUCACUUUCUCCGAGAUGAGACAAGAGGAACUUGAGGCUUUGGUUGAGUUCAUGUACAGCGUUGAUGGCUCCAUUUCUUCCCAAAGUCUCAAGAAACAUGUUUUGGUGUUUGCAAUGGUAACACAGAACAACAAAGAGAUCUUCUUGAGUGGAUUAAAGAAACUCUUCGAAGAACAAUGGCAACCAGAUGUACUACUCAAGGCAGGAAACAGUGAUAAGGGUGCAACUAUCUCCGCCCACAAACUUGUUCUGGCAUCAAGAUCAGUGGUGUUGAAGAAGAUUAUGGAAUCAGACGAGUUCAAGGCUUCAUCUAAGCUAGAGACAGUCACUUUCUCCGAGAUGAAACACGAAGAACUUGAGGCUUUAGUUGAGUUCAUGUACUGCGUUGAUGGCUCUAUUUGUCUUGAAAGUCUCAAGAAACACGUAGGAUCACUCUAUCUUGCAGCGGACAAGUAUGAGAUUCCGCAUCUGCGUGACCUAUGUAGAAACCAGCUUAAAUCAUCUCUUAACUCCUCCAACGCUCUUAACACCUUUGAGCUUGCCCAAAUCCCUUUUGACAAGGCCCUUAACGAUGCGGCUUUCACUACUAUCAAGAACAAUAUAAACACAAUCGCUAACUCUGCUGAGUUCAAGUUGUUUGUUGUCAACAAUCCAUAUCUUUCUGUUGAGAUCAUGAAGGCUUUUCUUGUUCAGCCUAAUAGUUAUUGCUGUGGCUGUUGUGGUAAAUACCGCUUCUAGAGGAAUCACGACUAGUUGCAAGGUUUUGCUGGCUGUUCUCGCAAAGUGGAUGCAGCUAAACUAAUAAUAGUAUAUCAAGAUUUUAACCCUCGCCUGAUGAUCCUUCUACUUUGAUUUCUGAUUUUUGUAGUUUUUGGAGUAGUAUUAAUGCUGCUUUUUAAAAGAUUUUAUUUUAAUUGAUGCACAAGUAGCUGCUCAAAGCUAACUACUCGCCUCUCACUUAUCAAAUCUCCUCCACGUUUUAAUCACUGCAGUGAAAACUAUCUCUUUUAGCGAGAGGCUGCAGAUGGUGCUUCCCAAGAAACCAAUGCAUGUUCUGGCCAGCCUUCGCAACUGUGUUGAUGUACACUUGAUGCUAGCCAUGGUUCAGAUAAGUACUUACUGGCACAUUGAAGGCUGACCUAUCUCCACUUUCUCUACAAAGGAAACGUGGGAACAACUUAGACAAAGAACAAUCUGGUACAAAGGAUGCAUACGAAAAGAAGGUGGUACAACAAUAAUCGCGAUAAGAAGAAACUCUCCGAUCUCUGUGUCUUGUCUUCUUUCACGGGCUUCUCUUUCGCCUUCCUUUGGCGGGACUCGACACUGAUCUUUUUUACUUUCUCUUUUGUUUUUUGAAUUCUGGUGUGAAACCACUUCAUGGAAUAAUGGGCCGUUUCUUUAAGAUCAUGAUUAAUGGGGAACCCUUAACGAGGUUCUUAAUGAAUAUUUAAGUAAUAAAUUUAAGUUAAAAACU